AUGACACAAAAUCAAUGCCCGACGAGUUGCUCGUGUCAUCCAUGCUCGAACAAGGGACCUUCUGCGGAUCGCAGAAAUACGGCGGUAGCUUUGAAAUUUGCCACAGGCAAGUCGGUCGGCUCGGCUCGGCUGGGCUCGGCUCGAUGCCCACCGGAGUCGGCAACCAUCGCGUUGCAGACACAAAAGCUGCAGGGUCCUCUUAAGGGUACGGUGGGAUUGCUUGUAUUUGCGUUGCGCGAAUCGAGGCCGCAUUCUGCGCUGUUCGUCGGAGGACUCAGCCGAUCAGACGUCGUGUUGACAUGCUUUACAAAGUCGAUAAUAUGUUAA